AUGUCCUCAAAUCCAUUAUUACAAACUACACCAGGUAAAAGAAUUGCAUUACCAACAAGAGUGGAACCAAAAGUGUUUUUCGCUAAUGAACGUACAUUCUUAUCAUGGUUAAAUUUCACAGUGAUAUUAGGUGGGUUAGGUGUUGGUUUAUUGAAUUUUGGUGAUAAAGUUGGUAGAGUUAGUGCAGGUUUAUUCACUUUAGUUGCAAUGGCUACUAUGCUUUACGCUUUAGUAACGUAUCAUUGGAGAGCUGUUGCUAUAAGAAAGAGAGGUAGUGGUCCUUAUGAUGAUAGAUUUGGUCCAACUAUGUUGUGUUUCUUUUUAUUGGUUGCUGUUGUCGUUAACUUCAUCUUGAGAAUAAGGGCUUAA